UCCUUUAUCAUCUAAUUCAUACACGUAUACCUUACUGUUAAUGUCAAUACGGAGUAAUUAAAUACUAGUACAGGACUAUUUGUAUCGGAUUAUACGAACAUGGACCCCAUCCCCCAAUAUACACCAUUAUAAAAAUAUAAUUUGAAAAAUAGAAACGGACAGAGAAAGUCCCAUCUCCCAUUUCACCACAAUAAUUAAAAAAAAGUGUCGCAAAUUCUGCGCUGAAAUCAUUUCAAACCCACGUUACUACUUCCUUCCCCUUCGCACUUUCUACCCAGACUCACUCAAUACUUCAAACCAACGACACCCGAGAGAGAAAAUCAUUUUUCAUAGAGAGAGAAAGCUCAACUUCCAUGGCGGACCAUGACUCUGACCUUCAACUUAGCGAUAAACAGAAGAUUGAGAUUGCCAAAUGGUUCCUCUUAAACUCUCCCGCCGGCGAAAUCCAGUACAUUUUCAAAGAUUUGAAGACGAUUUUGAAGGAUGAUAAUGUGCAUAAUUUGGCUGCUUUGGAGGCGUUUCCUCAGUAUAACAAAUCUCAUUUGAUUUGUCUCGAGCUUCCUGAUAGAAGUGGUGAUGUGAUAAUUGCACCAUUCAGUGAGGUUGCUGAGAAUGAGUAUCUUGAUCCUAGGACUGCCCAAGUUGCUAUUGUAGAUCAUGUCAAACAAGCUUGUACAGAGGCGAGACCUGCUAGUGACGAGGAACUUCCAUCUUCCUACAUUGAGGAAUUCAGAUGUGCUUUGGAUGCUGAAGUCAUGAAAUAUGCUAGUGAAGCUUAUCCAAAAGGGUUCUCUGCAGUUUAUUGUGUAAAGGGAAAAGAUGUGGAAGAACCAGGGUCUGAUUUUGAGUUAGUUGUGGUUAUUUCUGCCGCCAGGCUCAGUCCUAAUAAUUUCUGCAAUGGAAGUUGGAGAUCGAUAUGGAAUGUUGAGUUCAAGGAUGAGGAUCAAAUGGUGGAAAUACGAGGCAUAUUGCAGGUAGGGGCUCAUUACUUUGAGGAGGGAAAUGUUCAGUUGGAUGCAAAUCAUGAAUGCAGUGAUUCAACUCUACUACAGAACCCAGAAGAUUCAGCCUUAGCCAUUACCAACAUCAUUCGGCAUCAGGAAACAGAGUACUUGGCAGCUCUGGAGGCUUCAUACUUAAAGCUACCGGACACCACUUUCAAGGAUCUUCGGAGAAAGCUACCAGUUACUCGAACUUUGUUUCCUUGGCACAGCACUAUGCAAUUCAGCCUAACAAGAGAUAUUGCGAAGGAACUUAACAUUCGAAAGUGACCAAUGCCAAGGCUGGCCUAGUAUAUAAUUCCUCGGUCUUUGUGAAUGAAUUGAGUUUCUAGAGUUAGAUUUUCCUCCUUAUGUAAUCCAAUUUUCCAGUUCAAGGUUCAUCAUUUGUUCGAUGACACUGCUAUUACUUGUUUUGAUCUUGGUUUUGAUGUAAAGGUGUAUAGUUGAUAGAUUGGAUGCCAUUUGUUAGUAUAAAAAUGGUGAAACUUGUGUAUCUUGAGUUACAUUCAAUCUGAAGUCAGGCUGCUUGAGCAUGAAUAGUCUUUACUCCCCCCAUUUUUACUUAAGUGCC